AUGACCAAGCACCUGGACAAGUCCGAUGAACUUUUCAUUAGCCUUCAUUAUCUAAGUGAGCCUGUUGACAAUGUGCGGCAGCUCGUAAUUCUGCUUAGGAGUCUACCUGCAGAGUUACAAGUUAUUCUAUCGAUAUUGGAGAACACCAAGGGUGUUACGCACAUUGGGAUGAAGGAGGAUCUGCUCAAGUAG